GUAUAGGGUCCAGCUUUCAGUUCCCAUUUGUCUGGUGAAGUCAGUGCACGGCGACAUUGCGUAUGUCUCUGUGAAGCAAUAAGAAAAAGUUAACAUUCAUCACAAGCUCCAAGGACCAAGAGUCUCAUGCUGCCUUGUUUACAUGAUGGACGGAUAUGUCAUAUCACCUGCUUCAGAGGAAAUCCUUCCAAAUGAACCUGAGGAUUACCGACCCCCUGCAGAGCUGUACCCUUACCUCACUAAUGCGGGGGAGAUUUAUGAAGACCAGAGGUGGACCUACCACCCUGACCGCGUCCAGCAAACAGACUUUGACAAUUCUCCAGUGAAUCAUCUCACAGAGCUUCAGUCUGUAUCUCCUCAACAACUGAUCCCACCCUACCGCUACAGCAGUGAGCCUCUGCCCCUUCACCUGGAUCCACCGCUCGGACCUCUCUCUGUGUCACCACAGAUCCCAUAUUACACCCAAUCCCUGGUUUACCAGUACCAGCCUUCUGCCUCACCUGGCCAUUACUACUCAGAAGAGGAACAGCGAGGAAUGAGUCCCCCGCUUGAGGUAUCAGAUGGGGACGAUGAAUUUGAAGACCACAAUCACUCCUCCUUCAGGAAAGACACUAGCAACAAGAAGAAAAUCCGCUUGUACCAGUUCCUCCUGGACUUGCUCAGAAAUGGUGACAUGAGUGACAGUAUCUGGUGGGUGGACCAGGACAAGGGCAUCUUUCAAUUCUCCACAAAAUACAAAGAAGUUCUGGCCAGCCACUGGGGUACUCAGAAAGGAAACCGCAAAAAAAUGACCUACCAAAAAAUGGCUCGAGCUCUGAGGAACUAUGGUAAAACUGGAGAGAUUAAAAAAGUAAAGAAGAAGUUAACCUACCAGUUCAGUGAGGCAGUGCUGAGGAACAUCUACAUACGCCAGUAUCCUCACUGAUGAGGGAGCAAAUGCUGUCUUUGAUUACGCUGAAAUCACUAAACUAGCCAAGAUUGUGUUUUGCCUGUUUGCUAUGUACUUAGUUUUUCUACCAAGUUUUCCUACCUAUUUAUUUGUGAUGCACAUCCUCUAUUGCUUCCAUAUGAAUUGCUUUAUUACAUACUCAAAUUAAGUUUCUGCUUUUGUGUCUGCAAAGAUUAAAGGAUAAUGACACAUCAGGGAAAGUAAAAAAAAUACAUAUUUUUUGUCUAGAAUGUGUAAAUAAAUAUUAUGUUCUAUUGUUUUUGUCAAAUUACUCAAAUAAACUGAAUUCUCCUUUAAAAAUGCACAUAACAUUUCAGAGCAUGGUGUAGCCUAUUUCUAAAUUGGGCAACAUGGUUGAUAAUUAUCUUAUUGAGGGCAAGCUGAAUAAUGAUAAGUCAAUUGAAAGAAAAUUAAUAACCAACAUCUGUUGUGUCCUGCUUCUGAAAUAUCUGCAUUUGCUGCUUUUCUUGGUCAUUUAUGACAGUAAAUAAAGAGUCUUUGGAUUUAA